GGAGAUCUCCUGCCUUGCCAACAGCCCGUUUAUAUAUUCAACGCUUGUGCUACCUCAUGUGGCCAGACUGGAUCUUCCCCUUCUUUCGCUCACCUCCUCUCCCUAGUUCCAUCGGCGGCUGGUUCUGCCUUCAACACUCCCUCCGAACGUCAAAUCACCUUCUCGACUUGUUCUCAACACUCUCAUUAUUCGUAUAUCAUGAAGUCCAUUUUCUUCUUUGCGUAUCUGGCCGUUUGCUAUGACUUGGUUGCCGCUGCCCCGAUCGAACCCGCUUUGAGUUUGAAGAACCCAUUCAAGGGCGCCAACACGGCGAGCAAAAUCACAGCACUUGCGGCGAAGGUCUCAAAGGCAAAGGAUGGCAGCACCAUCAUCGAUGACACCAUUCAGAUCAAUGGCUUGAAUCUUCGCUUCAAAGUCUCCGCCCCUGCAUCGGAGCUGGUCAAUGGGGGAAAUGGCAACGCCAACGGCAAUGAAAAACUCGGAAUUAAUGUUCUGUUCCACGGGGAUGGUGGUCAGAGCUUCUUCGAUUUCCCUAACCAAGGUGUCAAAGAUGGUUUAAUGGGAGUCGCACUUCUUUCCCCGGAUGCGAAUCGCAGAUGGGGUGGAGAGGACUCGAAGGACAGGUCAGGCUUAGCGAGACCGGAUGGUCCUGCCCAUAGCGCCGCAGUGAACGAAUUCCUGACAAAGACCCUGCCAACGAUCGUCAAUUUCGACAAGUCGAAGAUUUUCCUCGAGGGUAUCAGUGGAGGCAGUCUGUUGUUGGGUGGCUUCAUGAUUCCAACCUUCGGCGCAUCCCUCGGUGUUCAAGGUGCAAUUCUUGGUUGUGGUGGACUUGAGCCACAAGUCAAAGUCCAAGGUGACCUCUCUAAAGUUCGAUUGCAUUUCCAAAGCACCACAAACGAGCUCGGGUCCCUCAAACAAUCAAUUCCCAAGGCAAUCCAAGCAUACGAGAAGCUUAUCCCGGGAAAAUCAGGUCAACUUUCUCUCGUCACAGCGGACGCAUCUAUCAAAGGAGGCCACUGUGAAUUCGAUGGCAAGGGUUUUGUCUCCGGUAUUCAAUUGAUGACCAACAACUACGACCGUAUCAUCAACGGUGUUUCUCGCGUCGCUCAAAGCGUUCUUGGCAACGAAAAUAUCUUUUCAGCUCAAGCUAAGGCUGCUGCCGCCGCGGCUAACGGAAAGAAUGGCCAGCAAAACCAGAAUAAGACCAAAGGCCAGAAAGCCACAAAAGCUCAGAACAACAAACAGACUCAGAACAAGAACAAUGCAGGGAACAAAGACGCUUCAAAAGAUGCGAAAACUGUCACUAAGACCGUCACGGUGACCGAGAAGGCUGCGCAAGAGACGGGCACGGCGGCUGCGCAGGGAGAGGAGACGGCAGAGCAAUGA